AUGCUAUCAGAGAACAGUUUGUUGGAUUGGGCCAAAGAUGGCGUCAUCUUGAACCGAGAACAGAAGCAGUUCUACUUGAAGAAUGGAUACGUCGUCGUUCCGAAGCUGAUCGACAAUGAAAGUGUUCAGGUCUACACUCAACGAUUCCAGGUAACAGCAUCUUCUUGUAGCUUUCUAGACAUUCGGGAACUUUCAGGAUAUUUGCAGUGGGAAAUGUCCGAAAACGCCGCAGAUGGCGUUGAUGAGAGACGUCGUCGUGGUGAAGAAUGGCGAGAAAACGAUCACCGAACGCAACCUGAACAAGAUCAGCAACUUCAUUGAGGACGAGGUACUCUGGGGCUACUGCCAACAAUCAAAGGUCAGUCUCUUCACUUCUUGUUUGAUUUUGAAGGCACACUCGACAGAUUGUGAACGGGGUGAAAGAUCUGAUCGGCCAUCGCGACUCGUGCAUUCUCGCCAUGAACACGAUGAUCAUUAACAAACCGCCGGACUUUGGCAAGCUCAGCUCCCGCCAUCCUCUUCAUCAGGACCUCUACUAUUUCCCGUUCCGGCCUGCCGAUUACAUCUGUUGCGCCUGGACUGCAAUGGAGAAGAUCACACGCGCCAACGGAUGUCUGGUGGUUGUGCCCGGCAGUCAUCAGGGUCCACUUCUGGAGCACGGGUAUCCGGAAUGGGAGGGAAAUCUGUUGUAUCAUGGAAUCAAGGACUACUCGCCUGAUUUGAAGAUGGUCCAUCUGGAAAUGGACACUGGAGACACUGUCUUUUUCCAUCCGCUGCUCAUUCAUGGAUCUGGAGCCAAUCGGACUACUGGUAGUUUGGGUCUAACUCGUCAUAAACUCAUUCUAUUUAGGUUAUCGAAAAGCGAUCACCGCGCACUUUGCAAACGAUGAUUGCUGUCGGUACAUCUCGGAAUCCGACCCGGCAAUGAAGUUUCUUGUCGAGGAUUUCGACAAAGUCGUACGCAAGUUCAUCAAAAAGAGCGGAAAUUCAGAUGUUCAAUUUUCGUACCACGAUUUCUGGUCGCUCCGUGCCAAAGAAAUCAGCGGGGUUCGAUCGAACUUGUAA